AACUAGGAAAUCAUAUCUAAUUAUUGUGCGUUUGGAACUGAUAACAGUAAUUAUUUGUAUCAUUGCGUUGAAGUUGCUUAUGCUUUGUGGAAUUGAACAGUGGUGCCAUCUGUUAGAGACUGUGUCAAACUGUUGAACAAUAUAGAAUAUGUCUGAAUAUGUCUGGUGCUUUUCAACUUGUAACAAGACGGCGUGGUGGAAGACGUAUUCUUUCUAAUUUUCAUAGAAUCGGGAAAUUAGACAUUGAAAAUCCUGAAAUUGAUACGGAGGCGGUCUUAAGCAAAGUAAGGUCAACAGUGGAUGAAAUUGCUGUGUCUCCUUACAUGAAAGUCGUUCUUGAUGGACUCAACAAGUCUUUGGCUAUUCUUGAUAUUCAGGAAAUAUCUGAGAUCCUCUGUUACGGCCUGGGAAACUUUUCAGAGCACUCAAGCCCUAAGUACCAGCUUGCACUUGUUCUUGCUCUGAAAGAACUCUAUGGGGCUAACGUAUCUCUUUAUGAUCCAAUAUUUUAUUCUAAGGAAAUAGAGAUAUUGAGAUCCUUAGGUCUUCAGGUGAUUCUCAGUAAUGAAGAGGGGAAACGGUGUAUCGGUGACAAAUUUACUAUUGUUUACAUGCCUCACUGUGCUAAACAACUGACCAAUAAUUUCCUAUUUGCUAAUUGGUCAGCCUUACAAUUAAAUAACUGCCUUGUAUGGUCAAAUAGUUUUUCUGAUCUUGUUGAAGAUCACUUUAAGCACAAUUUAGAACACUCUGCAAAUUAUAUUUUUCGUAUAGCUCCGUAUAUAACUGAGAUUACUUUAGACAAUAACUUUGAAUUCUUAAGAGCAUUCAGUGGUGCUGCAUUGCAUAUCUUUACAAAAGGUAAGCUGGGAACAGUGCCAGAAGGCUUUUGGGAAAGUAAUCCAGAGCCUAUUUAUAGUGAUCAAGAUUUGGAAUUCCUUACUAGAGAACGAUUGGAACAACUACAAUUAUCUAAUUAAAUUCGUCUCAAUGAAUGCAAAUAUCAAAGUAAUACGGUCUCUGAUUAGCGAGGUUCGACAAGCCACUCACCAAA